UGAAACCAUUUUAUCUCUGAAACGAAAAUGGCUGAGCAGCAAAAGAAUGGGUUACUGGAGGCGCGAUUACUGGAUAGAGAUGAGGAAGAAAGAGCGUACGAGUCCUCCGAGAAAGUCCACAUCGUGGGAGUGGACGAGGGGGAAACCGAGGAGGACUAUACGAAAACGCCGCCAUUUUCAUGGAAGAAGCUGUGGCUCUUCACGGGGCCGGGGUUCUUGAUGAGCAUUGCUUUUCUGGACCCGGGCAACCUGGAGAGCGAUCUUCAGGCGGGUGCGAUUGCGGGGUACUCCUUGCUGUGGCUGCUGUUGUGGGCUACGGCUAUUGGCUUGCUGGUCCAGCUCCUAUCUGCCCGCCUGGGGGUGGCCACCGGAAAGCACCUUGCGGAGCUGUGCAGGGAUGAAUAUCCCAGGUGGGCCAGGAUUCUGCUGUGGGUCAUGGCGGAGCUGGCUCUCAUUGGAGCUGAUAUUCAGGAGGUGAUUGGAAGCGCCAUUGCCAUCAAGAUUCUCAGUCAAGGCUUCUUGCCUCUCUGGGCUGGUGUACUCAUUACUGCUCUUGACUGCUUCAUCUUUCUAUUUCUUGAGAACUAUGGUGUGAGGAAGCUGGAAGCACUUUUUGCUUUCUUUAUUGCUAUAAUGGGACUGUCAUUUGCAUGGAUGUUUGGAGAGACAAAGCCCAGUGGUGUUGAGCUUGUUCUUGGUGUUUUGAUCCCAAAACUUGGGUCAAGAACAAUAAAGCAGGCAGUGGGAGUUGUGGGGUGCAUUAUCAUGCCUCACAAUGUGUUUCUACAUUCUGCUCUGGUACAAUCCCGCGAGGUUGAUAAGCUAAAGAUUGGUAGAGUUCGGGAGGCGCUAAACUACUACUCGAUCGAGUCUGCAGCUGCCCUCGCGGUUUCGUUCAUCAUCAAUCUGUUUGUGACAACUGUGUUUGCUAAGGCAUUCUUUGGGAGUGGGCAGGCUGAGAGCAUUGGUCUGGGGAAUGCUGGGCAGUAUCUCCAGGAGAAGUAUGGUGGGGGGUUGUUUCCCAUUAUUUAUAUAUGGGCUAUUGGGUUGUUGGCUGCAGGGCAAAGCAGUACAAUUACAGGUACCUAUGCUGGGCAGUUUAUCAUGGGGGGAUUUCUGCAUUUGCAGUUGAAGAAAUGGCAGAGGGCAUUGAUAACUAGAAGCUGUGCUAUUAUCCCAACUCUUAUUGUUGCCCUUGCUUUUGACACAUCUGAGGACUUGUUGGAUGUUCUGAAUGAAUGGCUCAAUAUUCUCCAGGCUAUCCAAAUCCCUUUUGCCCUCAUUCCCCUUCUCUGUCUUGUCUCAAAGCAGCACCUCAUGGGUGUUUUCACUAUUGGCCCAAUUCUCAAGGUAAUAUCAUGGAUUGUGGCCACCUUCCUGAUUGCAAUCAAUGGAUAUCUUAUGGUGGACUUCUUUUCUUCAGAAGUUAAUGGAGUGGUGUUUGCAUCUGCUGUUUUUGCAUUUGCAGCUGCAUAUGUUGCAUUCAUAGUAUACCUGGUUUCACGGGGCAUACCAUUUUCCAGAAACAAGAAUUGAUCCAAACAAUCCCAAAUUUACUCAUUCCAGCAUGGCUCUCUUUU